AUGGCUGCUGACGUCCAGCCGAUUGCCCAAGUCAAGUUGCCUGCGCGACCUUCUUCCUUGACACCAGAGCAGACUUACUGGCGGUCGUUCAAAUCUCCUCUGAACAUUGCCUCUCCGACAAAGCACGCUGUAACACACAUUUCCCAACCACAGGCUAGCACUCCAGGCCAAAACUCUUCCGACUUCUUUGUUGUCACGACUGGUGCACGCGUGCAGCUCUACUCGCUCAAGUCCCGAAAACUCCUCAAGACUAUCACACGAUUCGACGAUAUUGCCUACAGUGGCGAGGCCCGAUAUGACGGACGGGUCCUUGCGGCAGGCGACGAGACUGGUGCGAUCCAGGUGUUUGACGUCAACUCAAGAGCUAUUUUGAAGACUUGGAAAGAACAAAAACAACCAGUGCACGCGGUUCGAUGGAGUCCCAAGGAGACUACAGCAUUGAUGAGCUGCGGAGACGACAGGACCGUGAGACUAUGGGAUCUUCCAAGCGAGAGCAGUGUCGAGACAUUCCGCGGCCACCAGGACUACGUGCGGACUGGGUCUUUCCUCCCGGGACAGUCUAGUAAUCUUUUUGUCUCGGGCAGCUAUGAUCAGACCAUCAAGCUCUGGGAUCCUCGUACGCCGAAUGCGGCUGUUAUGACGUUCAAACACAUUGCUGCCGUAGAAGAUGUUUUAUGCAUGCCAUCAGGAACCGCCAUCUUGGCGUCAGCCGAGAACCAGAUUGCAGUACUGGAUAUUGUGGCGGGAAGACCAUUGCAGAUGAUCAAGAACCACCAGAAAACCGUCACCUCGUUGUGCCUGGCAUCCAAUGGAUCAAGGGUAGUCAGUGGCGGGCUCGACGGACAUCUAAAGGUCUUUGAGACUACGGGAUGGAACGUCGUGUCCGGUUCCAAAUACCCAGCUGGUAUCCUUUCAUUGUCCGUGAUUGCUGCUGGAAAUCCCCGAGAAGACAAACAUGUUGUGGUGGGAAUGUCCACCGGUCAGCUCAGCAUCAGAACACGACUCUCUGGGGAGCAAAAGGUGAAAGAGCGGGAAAGGCAAAAACAAAUGGAAGCACUCAUCGCUGGGACGAUCGAGGCGUACGACAAGAAGCAGGCCAAAAAACGUCCGAGGGGACUCGAAAAGCGCCUCAGAGGGCGUGACUACGCGGGCGAAGAUGCUGAUAUCAUCGUGGAAGGAAACGUGCGACCCAAACAGAAAAAAUUGGCGCUGUGGGAAAAGGAACUGCACAAAGGCAGAUACCGCGAGGCGCUGGAUAUUGCCCUACGAGGAGCCGAUAGGCUGACAAUGGUCACCUUGCUGAACACUCUCCGCUACCGAUCUGCACUCCGUGCCGCUCUCGAAGAUCGCACCGAAGCAGACCUGCAGCCUAUUCUGCACUGGAUAUGGAAGAACAUCUCUAAUACAGCGUUUGUUUCGUUGUGCGUCGAGGUUUCGAUGAACAUCAUGGACCUGUACUCGAAGCAUCUGUCCGAAAGCGAGAAUCUUGCUAAGCACCUCAAGAGGCUGCGGGACCGAGUACACGAAGAAACAGAUCGAGCAGAGCAAGCAGGCAUAACCAGAGGGAUGUUGGAGCUUUUGGCUGCACAACAAACUGGUUGA